ACUUGUUAAACCCAUAAAUUAUAAAAUAAUACAUUGUUUGAUUUUUCGGAAUAAAAUACGGUUUGCAACGUGCAGAUGGCGCUCACAUCGAUCGCAUGCAACUUUGCCGGAAGCAUGCGAGGUUAAGCAGUGCAUGACUGCAUGUUCGAUUUUGCGAGUAAAAAACCAAAACAGUUCCACGAUUUCGACAGCGUCACAGCUGUGAUAAACUGACAUACGUAUAAAGUAUUAAAGCAUUGCUGCCGUAUUUUACUGUUUUUUUUAUGUGGUUCGACAUUGCGUAGUACAUUCGGUUACAAACAGAUAUGAAUGUUUUUACGUAGAAUAAACGGCACGAAAAAAAUUAAUUAGACUGUGUUGAAGAGAAAAAUUAACAAGACACACCGAAAUUAUUAUCACACUGAAACCUUGUUUCACCGGGCCUUACAUACCAUUUGGUUUAUGUUUCCGGCCCACAUUUUUGGAAAUAAUUGGGCUUUAUUGUAGGUACUUACGAUUUUUUGGAUAUUGUUGAUAGUUUUCGUCAUUACUUUUUAAUUUUUUUUAAAAAAAGACCAGGAUCUCUUUUUUGCGAACGAAACAGUUUGCGACAGUCGUCAUUAAUUUGUCUUGGUCUAAAAAAUAAUCUUGCCACAGGUCUACACGAGCCUUAAGGUUGUCUAAUUUUAAUUUACGUAACCAGUAGUGUGGUUUUGUAUACGAAUAAUGCUACGAAUUUGGAAUAAUGCUAAGCAUUAUACGAUUGGAUGCAAUUUGUAUAUUCUUAGCAUUAUUCCAGAUCUGACAGUUUGUAUAACUGCUAAGCAUUAUACAAAUUGCCAGAAUUUGAAUAUUGCUAAGCAUUAUACAAAUUAGCAAUUUCGGAAUAAUGCUAAAAGACAUACAAAAUUUUUUUAACUUGAAAAUUUUUUCGUGUAAUUAAAUUGAGGUUAAGGUACUAUUUAAGAAACUGUACGUAAAGACCAGUGUCGACUCUUUAAUGGGUUUUCGUGUCCUUCAAAACUUUUUACAUGUCAAAACGCUGGAAAAUGUUUCGCAAUACCUACAGGAAGAAAGCCGAUGAAAUUUCGACGCUAACCGCUAGUACGAGUAGUACUGUUCAUUUGUAAGUUUUUAGACUAAAUUUAAGCCCGUAAAAAAUUUUUGGAAUUCGCAGUUCUGUACGCCUUUUAGCAUUAUUCCGAAUUCGCUAAUUCGUAUAAUGCUUAGCAUUAUUCUUAACCCACGGCAUUUGUAUAAUGCUUAGCAAUAUUCUAAAUUUACGAAUUAGUAUAAUGCUGAGCAUUAUACUAAUUAAGUGGGUUACGAAUAAUGCUAAGCAAUAUACAAAUAUAAAUACGAAUCAGUUCUGCUUAGCAAAAGCCACACUAGUAACCAGAAGUCUGGAUUGCAUACUUCGUACCCCAAUUCGGAUUAUGCAUGAUAUCGGAUACGUGUGACGCAAUACAUAAGCUUUUUUGGUUUUUAUACACAUUAAAUUUUAUUUUACUGUAAUUCUGGAUAGGAUGUGCCUGCGGAAUCAGAUUGUUAUGGAUGAAUGAUGGUUAACUGCAAGACGUACAAUAAUGCAAACGACCCCUUGUGUAGAUUGACGAUUUCAGCACAGUCUUGGAAGUUUAAAGCUCCGCUUCUUCAGCCUGAUUUCAUUUACAGUAACUCCAAAGUUUUGAUGUUCUCUUUUCCUCUUGGUUACUAUUUUACGGAAGUCCUAAUUUGCAAUCAGUAGCCCGCAUCUAGCGAAAACCAUGUUGCAUUCGCGUUCGGCCAGUCAUUUAAAAAACCACGCUUCGUCGUUGUUUCCCUCGGCAUCCGAAGAACAGCUGGAUGGAUUUCUCCAUAUCAAGUACGAAAUGCUCGACACAUCCCCGAUCAGCCACUUUAUUCUGCGCCCAUACUGGCGCGCCAUCUCAUCACGAAUGCCCAACUUUCCACCGGGUAUCCUGAUCUUUUCCGGGUUAAGUCUCACUAUACUGAACGUGGUUAUACUGACAUUCUGGGACCCUGCGUUUGACAGUCAUAUUGUUCCGGCUGGAAUAUGGUUGCUGUGUGGAGUUUUUCACUGGGUGUCACUGACCUGCGCCGGUGUGGAUGCUGCUGGACGACUGACCCGCCGCGAGGAUCUGUCGCAGUCGGCGUAUUUGUCGAUGGAGUACAUUGAUCAGGCUAUGGAUAGCGUCAGUAUUCCUAUCAAGAUUAUCUGUCUUUUUCAUCUGACGGGGGUGAAUGCUGGUAACACGGGACUGUUUUCCCAUCACAUGGCUUUUCUGUUUUUCUUGUGCAUUUUGGGGUUCAGUUUGUGUCGCCAGUGGCGGAACUACAAGACAGGGAUAUUUCGCUCCUCCGCUUUGUUUGAUGGUCUGGACGUGGGUUUAUGUGUGGGAUUCUUCCUAAAAGCUUUGACAGCGAUCUAUAGCGGAUAUGUGCCCGGCGAUCUGCCUGAAUGGAUGCAUACGAUUUUAGCCACCGUGAUUCUGGGAUUGAUGUUGUACAUUAUCCAGACCACUUUCCACCUGGCAGGGGACGUCUCGCUGUCGGAUAUCGUCACGAACCGCACACCAGUGAUUCCGUUUAUUCUCACAUCAGCUUUACAGUAUUCUUGGUUGUUGUCUCCUGAUUAUCCCGCUGUGUUUCCCUACAUUUGCUGGUCAACGACGGUUGUCUACAGUCACAUCGUGUCGCGUUGGAUUUUGAACCAGAUGAGUGACAAACCGGAAACACAAUGGAAUGUAAUGGGUAUACUGGUGCUGCUGACCGGUAUUCUCAACAUGUGCGGCUGUAUUCCUCCAGACCUGCGUGUGCAAUACGCUGCUGCCGUAUGCAUUGUUUGUACGGGGUGGCAGACUAUUUAUGGGAUCUGCAUUCUUAACGCUCUGCUAUACCGAGUAUUAUUGGCGGUAUUCGAGGCUUUUUUUCGUCAUGCUGCUACAUGGAUGGUCUCACUUUUUGGUAAAUCUACUAAGUCAGCAAAGUAAACAUGUUUGCUUAAGGUAAAUUUUGUUUGUCUCUUGCAAAGCAUGGGUUUGCUCUGCACAGAUAGAAUGAUGCUUGGGUUCACUGCGUUGCACCGGUUGUGAUAUUACGUUCAGUUUUUUGGCUGAUCUCAGAAUGUUUUUUCCCGACUGUUUUAUAUGCAUUUUGCAAAUUUUUAUGAAUGCUUGUACUGUAUCCAGUUUUGGUGUUUAAAAACAAAUUAAAGCGUGAAAUGAUUGUGAGCCAAGUACUUUUUAUUC